CGUUUGACGUUUCGCCGUUGCUAUGGAAACACAGAAAAGCUUUACCGGAAAAUAGCUGACGGAGUUUAUGACAAGUUAUUACAACUGGCUAAUACGUUAACAUAAAUUGUUAACUGAACAAGUAAAUAGUAUAUAGAAGUAGUAAUCACUUAACUAUCGACGAUGCAUCCUAAACCCCUCGAAUCCGGUGAGGUGGAAGAAGAGAGUGGCGAGGAAUCCAGUAUGACCCUGCAAGCUGGAGAUGCAGAAAUAUUGCUGAACGCGAUGUCAACAACUUCCAGUAAACUAGAAGAGGCCCCCACGGCGAACUGCAGCCCCCUGCCAAACGUUGUUAUCGAAGGAGACCGUUGUGUGUCCUCACAUACAGAAGUCGACAAACUCAUACAAGCCCAACAACAAGAGAAAAAGGAAAAGGACUCGGGUCCAAGAAUGACAAAGACAUUUCUGAAGGACCACUGCAAGCAAAAUAAACUCUACAUGACACCUCGAUUGAAUGACACACUGUAUUUGCACUUCAAAGGCUUCUCCACCAUAGAGAAUCUGGAGGAGUACACAGGGCUGAAGUGUCUCUGGCUGGAGUGCAACGGACUGCAGCGCAUCCAGAACCUGCAGGCCCAAACGGACCUACGCUGCCUCUUCCUCCACCAGAACCUCAUACACAAUCUGGAGAACUUAGAACCACUCAGCAAGCUCUGCACCCUCAAUGUCUGCAACAACUACAUACACACCAUCGAAAACAUUGCCUGCCUGCCUGAUCUGGGCACCCUGCAGAUAGCCCAUAAUAAGCUGCAGACAGUGGGAGACGUGGAGCAUCUGAGUCAGUGCCUCUCCCUCAGUGUACUGGACAUGUCCCACAACCUGCUGGAUGACCCAGACAUCCUCACUGUGCUGGAGAGAAUGCCUGAACUGCGCGUGCUGAACCUGAUGGGAAAUGAAGUGAUAAAAAAAAUCCCAUACUACAGGAAGACAAUGAUCAUACGUCUAAAACAGCUCACAUACCUGGAUGACCGACCUGUGUUCCCAAAGGACAGGGCGUGUGCGGAGGCGUGGGGGACAGCGGGUCCGGAGGGGGAGCGCAGGGAGAGGGAAUCAUGGCAAACACGAGAGAGAAGGAAGAUCCAGGACAGUCUGGACGCCAUGGCAACCAUCAGAGACCAAGCCAGGGAGAGACUGCGACUCAGAGAGCUGCAAGAGAGAGGGGAGUAUGAGACCAUUACAACUCCAGAACUUGAGAACCCCAGUGAAAAGAACCAGAGGCAGAAUCAGAGCCCGGGCAGGGAGGAGAGGAUCCAGGCGUUUGUGGAGGACAGUCUGGAGGCCCAUGAAGAGUUCCUACAGACACAGAGAGAACAGACAGAAAAGGAAGAGCUAGGGAAUGAACAGCCACUGAAGAAGCAGCUAGACAGAGAACAACUAGGAAGAGAGGAUCCGGAGAGAGAUCGGCUAGAGAGAGAGCACCAAGAGGGAGGUCAGCUAGAGAGAGAGCACCAAGAGGGAGAUCAGCUAGAGAGAGAGCACCAAGAGGGAGAUCAGCUAGAGAGAGAGCACCAAGAGGGAGAUCAGCUAGAGAGAGAUCACCAAGAGGGAGAUCAGCUAGAGAGAGAGCACCAAGAGGGAGAUCAGCUAGAGAGAGAGCACCAAGAGGGAGAUCAGCUAGAGAGAGAGCACCAAGAGGGAGAUCACCAGAUGGAGAGCACCAAGAGGGAGAUCAGCCAGAUGGAGAGCACCAAGAGGGAGAUCAGCCAGAUGGAGAGCAAGCAACAGAAGAAAGCUUAA